AUGUCACAACAAGAUGGAGCGCUCGGUCAUUUCCAUGGGGGACAACAAGAUCCCAACACGGCAUGUCCCCAAGAGUUGCGAAACCAGAACGUCCAUCCCGGCCAUUCAUCAUCCUUCUCUAGCCCCAGAGCCUCCAAUAGCCCAUUGGCCUGUCCCUUUUACAAAUUCAACCCCGUCCUUUAUGAUGAAUGCAAAAAAUUCCAGUUCGCCCGAGUUUGGAAUAUGAAGCAGCAUCUCGUUCGCUCUCACUCAGUGUCCGAACCUUCCACGCUUUCCUGCAAUGUGUGCCAUAGCCCGUUCGUCGAUGAGCAAUCUAAGAGGCUUCAUCUCCACGAUGGUAGCUGUCGCAUCGCCGCUGCGCCAGAAAAGCUCUCGCCCCAAGAGGUCGUCAAAUUGAAAGAAACAAGAUUUCCCCGAGGAUCUAGUGCUGCGAGCCAAUGGUUUGCUAUAUGGAUCCAGCUCUUCCCCGGACACACCAAGCCACAGACUCCCUACAAGGAGUCCAACAACAUCAAGGAGGUAAUCUCUCUCAUAUCGCCUAUUGUGGAGAGUCACUUCCAUGCUGCCUUCCCUAGUCUGCCUCGGCAGCAUCGCCAGAGUGACAUCUCACCCGUCAAAAUAAUCAUGGACAAUGUCUGUCGUGAUUUCUGCAACAGCCUUCCCACCUCGCGUCAGAGGCCUUCUAUCAAACUCCCAAGCCUGGAUAAUGCUGGUCACAGCCCGGAUGGCAGGGUUGCCUCCUUCGCUCUAGUAUUGCCAUCGUCUGGAAAUCCAAACCAUGAUGCUACAGCCGUGCUCGGGCCUCCCUCGUUUGGGAACAACCUGACAAGCAUGGGCCCCAUUAUGGAUUCAGCAUUUGGCUUCGACCUGCCUGGAUUUUCGGAGCCUAAUAACACAGGAAUAGACGAAGGCCUCUUCAAUCCAUUUUCGCCCUACAUCCAUGAUCACACCUUUGGGAAUGCAGAUGUUGAUGAGUCCGGGUUAGACGAGUAUGUUGGAGAUAACUAA